UCCGACGGGCUCAUCACACCUACCAACAUGCUCCAACGCUCGCGGUCUCGCUCGCGCGCCGAGAGCUUCACCAGCGCGGCGUCGGGUCUGGGGAUCAAGGGCGUGGGCUUGGGCGUCACGGAGAGGGCGUCGCAGGACUCGGAUACGGUGGCUGGGCCUAGCAGGGCUUCGGGAGAGAGGCCCAAAGGGAGACGAGAUACAUUGGAGGUACCGCAACCGUCGUAUCAUAGCCCUGUGCCUCGGAGGGAGUCUUCAUAUGAUUGGGGUUCCGAUCCUCAUGUAGCAGUCAAGGAUGCAGACCAGAGCCCUAGUUCGCCGACCAUUAGAGUCUCGAGCGAGCCAGAGUCUGUAGGAUAAAGAUCGAGAAUAUAUUCAACAUACCUGUUC